CGUGUGUGCAAACCGGCUCUAGUCAGACACUGGAGAUGGUGUCUUUUGAGAACUGUGAAGGUGGUUUCGACAGUGUUUUCAAAAGGAGCCGAAUGAACGUCGCCUCUCCUUCUCCAGAAACUCUCACACUGGCUCAACAGCGCCAAACUGCUCGGAAUAGAAAACAGAAACUCGUGUCCAAAUUAAGAGACUCUGGUUUUGAAGAAGAUUUGGCAUGCUCCCCGAUUUCAUCCCCAGCUAAGAAUGAGAUUUCCCUGCUCAUGUCACAAAAACCUGUUGCAAGGCAACUCUGCAGCUGGUACCUUCAGUACGGAGACAUCGGGUUUAUGAUCCAAAGGGAGAAAGAGGCGCAGUUUCAUCCCUGCAAAAGCCUGGCACGCCAACCGCAAUUGACUGCAGAGGCCCGCUGUAAGCUGGUCAGCUGGCUCAUCCCUGUGCACAAACAUUUCCGUCUGUCUUUCGAGUGUUGCUGCUUGGCUGUAAACAUCAUGGACAGGUUCCUGGCCUCCACACCUGUUGCUGCUGACUGCUUCCAGCUCAUUGGUGUCACCGCACUUCUCCUAGCCAGUAAACAGGUGGAGGUCUGCUCACCACGAAUCAGCCACCUCUUGUCAUUGUGCUGUGAUGUGUUCACCAAAGAGCAGCUCUGCAACCUGGAGUGUCUCAUCCUGCUUCGUCUUAACUUCCGCCUCUCUGCACCCACCCUGGCCUUUUUUCUAGACUAUUACACCAACUGCAUUGAGGCUUCACAGCUAGUGACUGGGAACAAAGGUGAUGACAGGAUUUCAAGGAUGAAUCCUGACACAAAAGUGCCCAGGCAGUGCAGCAACCUUGCACAAAAUGUUUGUGAGCUGACUCUUGCAGACUAUGCUUUCAACAAAUACCCUCCAUCACUGACUGCCAGCUGUGCACUGAGAGUAGCUAGUGAGUUACUGAAAAGUAAACGAGGUGUUCCUGAGCAUGAAACCAUCCAUUCACACGAAGAUCAGUGGGACAGUUUUGUGGAUGAACUAUGCACACAGUCAGUUUCUUUUCAGCCAACAGGCAAUUCUCAGCAUUAUGAGGGAGACUCACUAGCAGUGAAGGAUGACAGCGACAAACAGAGUCUAGUGCAGGAAUGCACAGACAACCUGAAGCUGUUGGUGUCAUUAAACCUGGAGACAUUGGAUGUGAUGUCUACUAUGUGACUACAUGAGUGUGAUUUUUUUGAUAACAGCAAUUGAAAUUCCUCUUUAAUUUUGGGUUAUAGUGUUAUAUCUUAAACAAAGAAGUGAGGAUAAGAUAUCUAUUUGGGGGGUUUUGGUGCUCAGAAUUCUUGUGUUUAUGCAGACCUACUUUUACUUAUACAUACCUCAUAGACAGUCAACCGU